AUCAGUUGCUCGUUGCGAUAACCGCGCACUGUACCUGCGUGUUUUACCUUUUUAACCCAAUGUUCAAUUUUGACACGGAAAAAUUGCUUUGUUAACCUUUCAUUUUGGUCAAAUUGUGUUCUAUUCUCAGUGCUUUAAUGUUUUGUUUAAACAAGUGAUUUAGAUUCUAGCCGUCUAUCGUAUAUUUUGUACGCCACUGAAAUGGUGUAUUAAGUCAUCGUUUUACAGUAAAUAGGUACAUUCACAUGAGAAGCUUAGUUUCAAGUGUUGUGUGUAUGGGUUUGAUUCGCAUAAAAUUAUACUAUAUGGUCUUACAUUAAGGAUGAUAUUUGAAUGUGUUUCUGGUAUAAUCUUACGUUAUGUGUUCUUUAGAUAGAAAUGUUGCAUUUUGUAGCCGUUAGAUAGGGAGCGAAUAUAUCUUAACAGAAAUUAUCCGAACAAUGUUGAAGUCUACAUAAUAAAGAGGUUUUGUUUAUAUUUAUAUACAGAAUGAAAUGCAGGUAAUAUUUCAACAUUAUUUCUAUGGAGAUAAGACUCAAUACAAUAUUCAUAUAGUAUAUGGAAUGAAUGGUGCUCUACUAGUGAAUACUAUUGUUAAAAUAAAAGCAUAAACUUGUAUAUUUCUUUGUAUCGAUCAGUUUCUAUGAUCGAUCUAUUAUAACAAAACUAGCGAUGAUUCAACCAUGAAUAAUUUUAUCAAAACGUAAUUGAAUUGAAUUUAUGCGUGUACUUGUGUCGAUAAUAGAAUUUAAAAGUAACAUUUUAUACAAUUUGAAUUACUUGCUAAUAUUUGAAAAUCGAAGUAUUAACUUUGUCUUAAAAGUCCUUAAGAUAACACAAAACGAUAAGAAAAUGGAAACAGUUGAGUCAAACACUGAAACAGGAAACGUGAAAAGUAGUGAUGAUGUCACCGAAGUGAAAAGUGAAGUGUCAGUGAAAGAAGAAGUGGAUGAAGGUGAUGAAAUAGUAAAGCCUACUAUCAACAGGGAGAAUCGAUUGACGAGUAUCAUCGAUCAAUUGAGAUGCCAGACUAAGUUGAAAGGAAACACGCAGCGUGACAACUAUAACUUCACAUCAAAUAACGGUGAAGGCGGCGGCGGCGGCGGCGGCGCGGCGCGGCGGUGUGCGCGCGAUGCGGCGGCGUCGCCGGCGCACGCGCACGCGCCGACGCCGACGCCAGCGCCGCCCGUGCAAGCGCAACCCCACGUUAAAAACGAGCGUCUGAGCCCACAUGACUCAAACGCUUCCAGAUCACGUAGUGUGACGCCGUCGACAUCGUCAUACCCGGGCACGCCGCCGGAGCGCGGCAGCCCGCACGCACCCCCGCACCCUGCGCCGGCGCAUCCGCCACGAAACUAUUCAGACAUAAUGCGCUCGCUAGCUGCACGAUACAACACACAUCCUAACAAUGAUUAUCUGUACCGCAUGAAUGGCUUCGGUGUGGAUCGAACAACGACAUCUCCUGCGCACGCGGACGCAACCGAUGCGCCUCUCGGUGGACUUUUCACGAAGCUAGCGAAGCAACAAGGUGGCCCGCCACGGCUACCUGCCUUUCCUGUUAUGCUCGAUAUGAGCUCUACUAAAACUUUGCUGGCGAUAUCACGGGUGCACCGUAGCGGGAGGUCGCGGCGCAAGCGCAUCGGUACGGGAGCGCCCGCCGACCACUCCCCGCUCGACCUGUCCGCGGCGGGCGAGAGCGCCGCCAAGCGGGCGCGACUAUCCGCCAGCCCUAGCACGCGCAGUGAUAGCGAAGACCGAGAUAGGAUCUCUAAUGAUGAUCGAAGUGAAGCCCGUAGUGACUGCAUGUGCGCAGAGGCUCGCGCUCGGCUUACGGCGUGGUCGGUAGACGAAGUAUGCGAUUUCGUCAAUUCCAUAGACAGCUGUGCGGAAUACGCAUCGAACUUUCGGGACCAAAGAAUCGACGGCGCAGUUUUGCCUCUCGUCACCGAGGAUCAGCUAACAGGGAUGCUUCAAAUGAAGCUAGGUCCAGCUUUAAAAUUAAAAGUAGCAUUGGCGAGUAGGCUAGAACCUUGUGCCCAGUGUCAAGCCCUGAAUCCGACCUCGAACACAAACUUAGCACAACCUACAGGGCCCCGAAUAAAUGGUGCAGCACUCAAACCUGAACCAAGAAGUAACACCACCAGUCCCAGUUAAAACUUAAACGUUUGAUUUAUGUUAGUUUUUUAAGUUUCAAUUUUAUUUUGUUCAUUUAUCGCAUGCUUAAAUUUAUACCAUAGAGAAUUUGAUUAAUAAAUGAAACGUUGAAUGUUAAAAAAAAUCUAACUAAGCAGUAUGAGCUAUGGUCUGCGUCUCUCGUCUAUUUAAGAAAUGUGUAUUUAUUCUUGUAUGCGACACAAAACUUUUUACGUCAUUGUUUUUCAAAUUGAAAUAAAAUUUUCUAUGAAACUAAUUUAAAGCAUGUUAAUAAUUUGUAAAUAACCGAAAAUAUCGCAAAAACAAACCCCAUACAAACGUAUUUAAUAUUUAGUUUUAUAAUAAAUAAUCGGACUAUACUUUUCCAUAUUGUCAGAAUUAAAUAUAGGUACUAAACCUUGUUUUACACAAACUAUAUGCUUGAAAAAUUUUUAAAUGCCAGUUCCAUAUAUGCAAGUGAAAAAAUUGCAAAAAAUGUCAUUGUUAUAAAUAAUUUAUAACUACUUAAAUACAUGAUGAAUAAAAGACACAAAUACCGGUUUCUCUCACAUUAUCAUAAUAAUUUCUAGUUAAUUUAAUUUAUAGUCAAUUUGGUUCACGAACGUAAAGUCUUCCUGAUAUAGAUUUUGCAUUUAGUUACGUUUUAAGUGCUUUAGAUUAUUAUUAGUGAUUAUCUUAGUUUUUUUUUUUUUUCUAAUAAAUGUAAAUACAAUUUGUUACAACGUAUUACCGUCCAAAUGUUUUAACUGUUAUUUUAUAUGUGAUUGUGGAAUGUUAUGUUCGUUUGUCUAUUAAAAAUGUUUGUCUAUUGUUUAUUUUUUAUGAUAACUAAACUGUUUUAUAUAUAAUACAAAUUAUUUGUUUGAAUAAAAUAAGUAUGUUGGUGAACUGAUACACAAAAAUAUAAUGACAGAUAAAAAUGAACAUAAAACUAAAAAAAUCAACAAUUUAAAAUAUGGGCACUAAAACUCAUUAUUGUGAUGUAUUUUCACACUAGUUAGUUUUAGUGUUUUAUACAUAUUUUAUACAUAUACAUAUUAAAUACAUGUGUAUUUUCAUUUCAGCAUAAACAAAACUUCGUAUUUACUUAAAAUAUGAAUACAUAAAAUUCAUUGUAUUCUCAUUAGUGAAACAAAUUAAAAUUUUCUCACAAACAUAUAUUUUAUUUAUUGUAUAUCACAUUAAUUAAUCCCGUAGCAUACAAUAUUUUGGGAUUCGUAAUAUUAAAAGUUUUCGGUGCUAAGAGACCCUGCGAUAAGUAUUUCAUAUAAUGUAUAAUAUAUUUGUAUAUAACGGCCGCAAUGUAAAAAUAUUACUUUAAUAUUUGAGGCUACUACUGUCGUUAUAAUACAGGGUCACAAAGUUAUAUGUUUGUAUAUAAAUUAUACAUGUAUAGUUAAAAGAUGUAUAGUUUAUACAUACAUCAUUUAUAAAUAGCAUUUAUUUAUGCCACACCUGAAUAAAGCUCAGUAUGAUACCGUUUACAAUAAAUUGUUACAAUAUAUUAGAAAUAGUUAGAAUAUAUUUGUAUAAAUUUAUCUGCAACACGAUUUUGCCUGUAUAUUUUUUGUGUAACUGUUUUGUAUAUAUUACAAUCCAAUGUCCUUUUCAUUUUAUUAGACGAUAACAAUAAAAAUGUAAAGAAAUAUUUUUUACCUGUGGUAAUCUCCUUAAUUGCCAAAAUAGUAUAUAUAAGAUCUAUAUACAUACAAUAUUUUCAUUAUUACGAAGUUCAGCGAAUAUAUAAGAAAUUGAGGGUGCUAAUAAUGGUAUAGAUGCAUAUAAUAAUGUCUGUGCCUUUAUGUCGGUCUUCCUUUGUAAAUUUAGUAAAUAAAUACUUUAUAUAAAGAAAAAAUGUUUUCCACAAGUAUUACGGUUCUACGCUUUAAAUCUGAUGAUAAUAAUAAAACUAAUUAUACUAUAUUAGAAUGUAAUGAAUCGACGAAUUUGUUUAUAGGUGAUUUUUUUAUGUUAAUAUAAAUAGAUCAUUGCUUUUAUCAUGUAACUAACGUAAUUUGUACGGACCAGUGACUUAAAUGUGUAAACGAUGUACAGAUGGUGCGUUAAACAAUUUUAUGUAUAUAUAAUAUGCAGGAAUAGGUACAUCUUUUCUAUUAAACUUAAUACAGGAAAAAUUAAUAAUAUUUGUUGUAUAGAAUGGUUAUAAUUUAUAGACAUUUUUAUGUCAAAUAUACACACACAACACAAUACGUUACAUAAAUAUUGUUUAGUAUUAUUUUUCAUAUCAGAUAUAUGUCAGUCAGGUCUAUGAAUGCAAUAAAUCAAAUUUGUUUAAUAUAUCUGUCAUCAAAACGUAAUAAAUAAAAAGAAUCUCGAAAAACAAUGAAAACAAUAAUUAGGCCGGCCGAUUGUAUGGCUCAUAUUUAUUUCCUCUAAUCUAAUUAUGAAUCAAAAUUAACUGAUAUUAAUUUCUAAUAUUUACGAAUUAUCAUAUGUUCGGUUUUUUUUUCUUUUGUCACGUUUAAAUUAGGUAAAUAAAUUGCUAUCAAUUGUUGUUAUUACUAGUUAAAUGUUGGUACCACCGUCCUAUCAUAUUACUUAAAUAUACAUAGAUGUUUAUUAAAAUUAUUUACAAUUGUUGCAUUUAAUCGAUAAUUAAAAGUUUUUGAAUUAAUAGCAUACCUUGUAUAGCUAAUGCGAUCUUAAAAAAUAUAACUAAUAAAUUCAUGUUCAAUUUAACAAUAUUUAAAUGUACUCACCAUGCCAAAUGUUUUUAUGGCUAAAUCACUACAUAGUAUAGUCGCUUCCCGCCUGCCUGUCCCUAUGUAUACAUAAAUCUUUAAAACUACACAACGGAUUAUGACGCGUUUUUUUUUUAUAGAUAGAGUGAUUCAAAAGGAAGGUUUAUAUGUAUAAUACAUGCAUAAUAUAGUAGAGAAACACUGAUAAUUUUAGAGGUUUCUAAUGUGAUGUGUUGUAAUAUGCACCCGUACAAAGCCGGGGCGGGUCGCUAGUAUAUAUAUAACUAUAUAUAUAACUAACUACUCACCCCAACUUCGCACGGGUAUACUUUUCAAUAUAAUAAAACGUUUUCUUUCAUACAAACCUUAUCUACUUAUGAACACAGCAACAAACAAAUUAGCCAAAUACGUGUACCCGUUCGAAAAUGAUAUACGAGUAAGUACGCUUACAUACAUUUUCAAUUAAUUUUUUUUUAUAGAUUCACAACUGCGUAUAAUUUAAUUAAAUUUAACAAAAACGAGAUUUGUGGCUUCGCACUACUUAAUGUAACCAUUCUAUAUCAACAUGUAUAAUAAUUUACAGGCAUAAAGAUUUCUGAUUUCGAGAAAUGGAAAUCGUUCUGAGUACUUAAAACUUCCAGUCUUUAUUUUUUAUUAUAAUUUUUGUUGACGAUAUGUUAUCACCAUUCUCGACUAAUUUAAUACCAUUCAAACGUACUUAUAACACAGUAUUUUUUUGCAAAUGUAUUUAAAAAUUAUGAUUUGUAAAAAGUAAAAUCAACUCUGACUAUACCUAAUUUCAGCCAACAACUUUUUGUUAAAUCAACUUUUGACAGUAAAAUAUUUUAUUGUUUUAGUUGUGUCAAAGUUGAUUCAAUGCUUUUUAUAAAUUAUACAAUUCCUGUCUCAAUGACGAUGAUGAUGAAUCUAUCAUUGAUGAUUGACAGUGACCUACCUCUCUAUCUACCACUAUAUAUUUAUAUUCGUAAUUUGCGUUUUGCAAAAGAAUUCCUUUGGAUGCUUUUGAAUUAAAAAAUAAAGCUGAUUUUAACGACGUCAGCGAUAGGGUUCUAUUUUCAAAAAUCAACAAAACCAUUGAUUUUCGAAUGAACUUUAUUGCGAAAGGUACUAAGUACAAUUUUAUUUUAUUCUGAACGAAUUCUCUUGUUAAACACACUCUUGUACCUACGUUAUGUAAAGCAGCUAUGAUUUACCUGCGAUUUUCCCCAUACAAAGAACCUGUAUGUUUGUUGUAUUUAGUGAAUAAUGAUUGUGUAUAACGAGACAUGGUUUUAGUCACUUUGUUAAUCGAAAAUUGUACUUAGAUAAUGAAAAUAACUUGUUUAGCUAGUAAUCGAGGAUUCUUUAAUCCAAAAAUAAGUAUUUAUGUGGAGAGAAUAAAACGAUGAUUUUAUUGAAACUA